AUGCUUCCAGGGACGUUUUUUGAGACGAUACUCUCUGUGCCACAGUCAUCCAGCAAAGAAACCCUGGGUUCUAGUAACGAAUACCCGAUUCCGUUAUGCGGUAUUAAUGGCAUCAGCCUUACAGCAAAAGAUUUUCGCUCAUUCCUGGUUGUUAUCCAUUCUAACGGUAACACCCCUGCAAUGAUCGCUGAAGAUUGGAUAUCAGUGCUACGUCUUUCUGUAUUGUGGAGGUUCAAUAAAAUCCAUGAAACAGCCAUGAACAUUCUCUCUACCAGGAUACUUUUCAUGAAAUGGACAGAGAAGCUGAAGUUAGCUAACGAAUUUGGCGUGGCUGAGUGGCGUCGAGAUGCCUACAUUGAUCUUGUCCAAAAACGCCGCCUCACUUUGGACGAGUUAACAGAACUCGGCGAAUCCCAACUGAAUUGGGAAACCAUUGCCAAAAUCUUUUACAUUCGCGAAAUGCUGGAUUGCCCUCCUGGUUGCGCGAACGCACCUAUUAGGUCACAGAACGAAGCAGCAACGCCAUCAUUUCCCAAUGAAGCGAGACAAUUGGUCGACCAAUACCUCCUUAAGGUCGAUGUUAGGAAUAUUUAA